UGGUAUUCAACUGUCUUUGUGUGAGAGACUAACACAUGCAUUAUGCCGCUCCCUCUGCUGCUGCUGCUGCUGGUCUGCAGCUCCCAGGCUUCUCAUUAUCAUGGAACAGUGAUGACUUACUACCCAAAAAACACUAACGCAGAUGGAUCCAUGACGGUGGAGCUUCAGUAUAAUUUGAACUUCCACUGUAGCCUAGACAUUACCUCGUGGACAUGCCCCAGCAAUAAUUGUGGGACUGUGAGUUCUGAAGUUGCACACAGUGUCACUAAGGACAGCAGCCCAUUUGAGUGGUGUCAGAGAGAUGGAAUCAUCUCUCUCGAGGGUCCUACCAACGCUCCCUUUCAGCUGUUGUUAAGCGGUGGUGACUGGAUAAAUUUCAUCAGAAAUAGCAUCGGAUCAGUGAAAGCUGUGACUCUGGUGGAGCUGAGGAACCGGUCAGACACCAACCAGGCCAACAGAUCACCCCAGACCAAUAUACUGGCAGUUGUGAGAGUUCCUUCAAACUGUCCUAGAGACUUCAACCUGUUGACGUUUGACCCUGAUGGAGACCAAGUUAAAUGCAGAUACGCAAACUCAACACUAUCAGAGUGUGACCAAUGCACACCGCCAUCUGUUCUCAACCUCUCAACAUCUUGUACUUUGUCAUUCAGCCCCACCGAUAGCAUUAAUGAAGGUCCGUGGGCUGUACAGCUGGUGAUGGAGGACUUUCCCACGCAGAAUAUCACCCUGACUCAAACUGACGGGGUGCAGACUACGAUAACUACCAACAACGCUAUAAGCAAAAUACCUCUCCAGUUUGUUUUUAAUGUGGAUCGAGCGGUGCCGUCCUGCACAGAGGGACUCUAUCUGCCCAAGUUUCUGCCUCCAACCCCAGACAACAGAGCUCAGCUGUACACCCCUGUCAAUCAGACCCUGGAAAUCAGCAUCAAUGCAACAGCAAAUAUCUCCAUGAUUUCAGAUCUGCUGUUCAGCGGGCCGUACAAUAUGAACCAGACUACACUGGGAGCUGGACAGUUCAUCCUGAGUUGGACGCCAUCUGAAAACCAAACUGGAAAAAGCCACCCCGUCUGUUUUGUUGUCCAGGCUGUUUUCAAUUCAGUCACGUAUCAGUCGGAGCUUCGAUGUGUGAUUGUGAAUGUUGGAUAUGACCCAUACCUGAUCCCAAUUUUCGUAGGUCUGAAAAUGAAGGUUUCCGCUCUGUCUUCACUGUCUGAGGACUACAUCAUUGAUAACAUCAUAAAAGUGGUUAGAGCUGAAAUGUUGAGUCAAGGAGUGCCAUCAGACUUCCCUCUAAGCCUCAUAAGAGCUAAACUGGUGUGACCUGCCAUCAGACCUCCCUCGAAACCUCGUGAAUAGUGUGAAACUGAACUUUACAACCACAGCGACCCCCUCAUCUUGAACAUUUAUUGAAAAAAAUGUAUUCACAGUGGUUGAAAAUUUGAUUUUUACGGAAGCCCUAAGCGGCCAUCCAUUCAAAUAUUUAUUUUACUCCGAUGUCGGAAUCUUGAGAUAACAAACCAUAGCUGAAUACAGGGGUUGGCCCGUGUUUUUCUCUCAGUACAGGACUCAUAAUCCAAGGAUUGUGUAUUUGACUCCUGCUGUCAACAACCUUUUUUUCCCUCUUUUGUGUGUUUUUUUAACUAUCCUCUUCAACAAAGUCGUUAUGAAGAGAUUCAGCGGUAUCCAAUCAAACAUUUCCUGAUGGCUAUUUCAAAGGUUCAGAAAUAGCUGUCAGGAAAUGUGUAACGUUAAAUGGAUUCACCUGAAUGAGAAGCACAGUAUGUCCUCUGCCUGGGAAUGAUGGGGAAAUGAAAAGUCCAUAGGUUGAUGGAAGUGGACCAAUCUCCACUCUGUUCAUAAGAACUUUGUUGAAGAGGAUUAUGAAAAAGAUUAAAAACUUCUGUGAGGAUCAAACAACUCCAAGAGGAUGAGUCCUGUGCUCUUCUAAGCUAACCCAUGAUACAGAAACACAUAGUAAAAUUACCUUUAAACCACUGUUAAACUACUGUUUUGUUAUCUCGAGAUCACGAGAAAAUUAUCCCGUUAUCAUGGGAAAUCAUGUAUUAUCAUGUAUUUUAAAGGAGCUCUUUAGGAGUGGCUCUCCUGUUAGUUUUGUUGCAGGGCAAAUUACAACUUAAGUAACUAUAAGUACAUAUAAAUCCCAGGAGAGCUUAGUACAACUAUUACAUGAGCUGAUCUAAUCAGAAACUUCCCCGUGAGGGUGUGUGAGGUCUUCGAUCAUUGAUAAUAAUGCAUCAUAUUUAAUAGGUUGAUUUUGUUUUGUAUGUGAAAUUUCAAUAACUAGUAGUUAGGCAUUAUAAAUGUAGUGUAGUAAGUUUUACAAUAUUUUCCUCAUGUUUUGUGGAGUAAAAGUGUAAAGUAUCAUAAAUUGGAUACAUACCUCAAAACUGUUCUUAAUUACCGUACUUAAAUGUACUUUUAUAAUUUCAUUCUCCAAUGCAAAUUUACUGAUUAUAUCUGUUAAUUAAUUUUCAUCUUAAAGCCUGGAUGAACAUUUAAAAAAUAAAUGAUGUUUAUAUUAAAUGAAUAAGAAAUUGUUGUAAAGAAAAUUUUUAAGGUUUCUUUUAUUAAUAAUCAGUUGUUUAUGAAUGUAAUAUUUCCUUUAAGAUCAGUUAGUUUGAAUGACUUUUUCAUAAUUUGCCUGUCGGAUUCUGCUCAGUAUUUUGUAUUAAAUAAUAAAAAAAGGAUUUUAUAUGUCAAA